UCGUUGUUCUUUCUAGGGAUGAACACUUUAUCUGAUAUCCGAAGCCGCACCCGAACCCGACCCAAAAAAACCUGAACCGAAAUUCGAACCGAAGUAGCAAAAUAUCUGAAUGGAUAUUAAAUUAGGAGAAAUUGGAUAUCCAAACUCGAACGGGUAAUAUCCAAACUCGAAUGGACAUCCGAAGAUAACCGAAUAUAUAUAUAUAUAUAUAUAUAUAUAUUUACCCUUAUAUUUCCAAUUUACAUCUCUCAUUUUUUCAAUAUUUAUAUUGAUGUUACACAUACUUUAAGAUCAUAAAUAUAUAUAAUUAUGGAGAAAAUGAUUUGAUAAUCAUUUAAAAUGUAUGUCAAACUUUUUGUUUCAAGUAUUAACAAAAGUUACAUUCAAAGUUUAAAAACAAUACCCAAAUUAAUAUCUAUUUGUUUUUGAAAUAUUAUAUCCAAACCUAUUAAUCAUUCAAUAUAUAAAAAAAAUCAAUUAACUGAAAUCUAUAUUUUUAAAUACAAGAAACUUAAAAAAUGAAAUUUUUUUUCUUUUAAAAUUUAAAUAUCCGAACCCGAUUCAAAAUAACUGAAUACGAAUUAAAAAUACAUGAACUCGACCCGAAGUACAGAAAUUCCUGAACGGGUUCUCUAUCCCUAUAUUGAAAUACCCGAAUGGGUAUCCGAACGCCCUUAGUUCAUAGCAAAAACACAUUAUUACCGAAUUAUGAAUUUAGUCCGACUUGUGACAAUUGGGUAGCGAUCAAGGAAACCCAAUGAAUCAUGACUUUUUAAACCUCUUUAGUAGUUAAUGCAGAAUCCAUCUUUAGUCAGUUGACCUGGAUUUAACCUCAAAUCUGCAGAUUUUUAUUAAUUGUUAUAAAGAUUUAUGUUUGGUUUGUAAUCACUAGAAGUUGUAGGAAACAUUUAAUGAUACGUGUUUUGUGCUUCUUCUGUGUUUAAUUAAAAUGUAAAAAUGUUUAAUCAAAAUAGCUUUGUAAGAUCUCUAUAAGUUAUGUAGCUGGAAAUAUUUAAAGAUAUGAAAUGACAAACAUAUAAUCUAAAUCUUUUUCUAAAACGAGAAAAACAGAUGGAAAAACUAGCCGCAUUGAGAAUGUUGUUAACCUUAACGAUUCUAUGUUUCUUCUACAAUGGAGUCCAUGGAACAGCUUCUCUAGAGAUUGAUAUGAAAUUAAAGGCUCUUAACAAGCCUGCAAUGAAGACGAUCAAAAGCGAAGAUGGAGAUAUAAUAUAUUGUGUGGAUAUCUAUAAACAACCUGCUUUUGAUCAUCCCGCUUUAAGAAAUCACAAGCUUCAGAUGAAACCGAGUAUGGAACUUGGUUCAAGGGAGACAAAUAGUCCAAAUGAUGGGUCUUCAAAACUGGUUACAUCCCAGAUUUGGACCCAAUCUGGUCAAUGUCCGGUAGGAACAAUACCAAUUCGUAGAGUCAGUAGGGAAGACAUAAGCAGGACCUCCUCACCAUCUAGCUUUGGAAGAAAACCUCCUCACAUAUACAAUACUCUAGAAAAAGCACACCAACACAAGGCUAAUACCAAUUCAACUGCUGGAAAAAAACACAACCCUCGUCCGAAAAACCGUUCGGAAGCAAUGUUUUUCGCAGUAGGGUCCAACUAUCUAGGCGCUCAAACCAAUAUAAAUGUUUGGAAUCCAUCAGGAGUUCAAAAGAGCGACUACAGCUCCGCCCAAAUGUGGUUGCUUGCUGGUGAUCAGUCGGAAAUGUCUGAGGUCAUAGAAGCUGGUUGGAUGGUGAAUCCACGUGUUUUUGGAGACAACCGCACACGGUUCUUUGCCUACUGGACCAAAGAUGCCUACCGUAAAACAGGUUGCAUCAACCUCUUAUGCUCGGGCUUUGUGCAAACAAGUAAACAUUUAGCCUUAGGAGCAGCGAUAGAACCUGUUUCAAGUAGCGGGCAUGAGCAAUAUUACAUAACCGUUAAAAUAUACCAGGAUUUGCAGAGCAAGAAUUGGUGGCUGGCGAGCCACGACAACGUGUAUGGAUACUGGCCAAGUGCAAUCUUUAAACACCUACCACAGGGUGCCACCGCCGUGCAGUGGGGUGGAGAAGUCUAUAGUCGUAACGUGAGGAAAAAGCCACACACCAAAACUCCAAUGGGAAGUGGAGAGUCGCCAAUUCAACUCUUUGGCAAGGCUUGUUACCACACUUUCAUAAGGAUUAAAGACGCUUCCAUGCAGCCCAAGUAUCCUAUGCCCCUUGCCGAGUUCUCGGAUGAGAACCAGUGUUACACUACGAUUCUCCACAAGGAAACAAACGUGUCGGAGCCGUAUUUAUACUUCGGAGGGUCUGGUCAGAGUCCUCUCUGUCGUUGACCUCAGUCUUCAGUUUCAUAGUUUGCUCAUGACUUGUCUGAUCUAGAAAGAAUAAAAGAGAUUGUUAAAUUAUAAGCUUAUGAAAUCUGAAAAUUAUAAUAAGAAUGAUCAAACACUAAGGACUAAUCGUUGAUGAUGAACUAACGUAGAAAGUCAAAUGGCGAAUUUAAAUGUUGGAUUUCGUAGAAAAUAAAACAUCACACACAAUAGGUUCGGUUUUAAAUUAAAACCACUUUUUGUAUUUCGGUUCGGUUUUAAUUGAUUCGAUUUUACCGGAAUGAACACUCCUACACAAUAUGAAAUAAAUAAAUCAAAUCCGUUUUGGAAUUUGACAGUUUUCUUAAACAUUUUUGUACCCAUUAUAUUGUUUUAAAAAUAAAAAAAAAUA